UAUGUGAGACUAGGAGGUGGUGAAGAGGGCAACCGCCUUUCUGCUCAAGAUAGUGAUGCUUCUGGCCACAAUGGAAUCUGGCUGAAAAUCUAUUCCGGUUGUUUUCAGCCAAAAAGGACAAUUUGGAAAAUGAAGUCUGAACCACCAGAAACUGUUUCCUUGGGCUGCGCUGCUCUACGUGAUAGAAAGCCUGGGUACUGGAAGAAAGAAUACCUCUUCAAACAAAUAGCUGCUGUCAAAAUGAGAGUAAGGCGACUUGUUAAACCUGUAGAUCCUUCUACAGGUCUUCCAUGUAAAAACAAAGAAGCUAUGAAAGCCUCUGGCUUGAGGUGGAGAAUUGUUCUAAAGGACAAAAAUGGAAAGGAACACGUAAUGGAGAAGACAAACCUGUCGAUUAAGGACACAUCUGUUACUAUACUUUGGUAUAGUACAAAUUGGCCAUGCUUAGACAUCCUGUCAAGCCUGAAACUGUUUGGAGUUAUGCCAUUGCUUCCUGAGCAAAGCAGAGCUCCCAGCAAGAAUGGACCUCGUCGACGUUCCUUAAUUGCUGAAUACCAUCUUGCUAACCUGACUGAAAGUAGUGUAGCCGUUGGUGCUGAUGAGCUUGGCCAGCUCUUCAGUCUGAAUCCAGGACUCGUCGUAGGACUUUGGAAGGAUCUUCUGACAAGCUUGAAACUAAGGUGAGGCGACUAGAGCAGACUGGUCACCAAGUUG